CCUCUUGCUUUGCUUCAGGUUUUGUCCUUGAAAAGGAAAAGGUUCCAGCUUCUGUAUUUAAAGGCAAAUAAUAGGAAGAAAUGGGUCGUGGAGUCAGUGCUGGUGGUGGACAGAGUUCUUUGGGCUACCUAUUUGGUAAUGGGGAGCCUGCUAACAACUCUCCUGUUGCCAAGAAUGUGGGAAACUCUGCGAGCAUAAGCCCUUCUCCGAAGCCUGCUUCUGCUUCCCCGCCAAUUGAUAAGCAGACUCCAGCUGGAAUUCAUGGAAAUCUUACGAACAAUUACUACCGGGCAGAUGGACAGAACUGUGGCAACUUUAUCACGGAUCGACCAUCCACCAAGGUUCAUGCUGCCCCUGGUGGUGGAUCUUCCUUGGGCUACCUGUUUGGCGGUAGUGGGAACUGACUUGCUCUAUCUGCUGUCUAUUGUUCAGCACAUAUAAUUGUCGUUUAGGAUACUUAAUAUCUCUUUCCAAAAACUAUGGACUUAAUCAUUGUGCAACGUAAUGUGUUGCCAUGAUGGUAGUAAUUGUGAUGGAACACACUAAGCUAUGGAUGAUUUAUCAAAUGCAAGAAGGUAUUGCGUUCUUCA